AUCCAUAGCUCCUGCUAGUCUUCGCUGAAAUAUCAUUCAUUCAAGCCUGAAACUUCACUCGCUACAAGGAUCCUCUGAAUUUCAUUUUGAAACUGUUCCUUCUUGCCGUACAUACCAGUGGGAAUGGGAGCGGUGCCAUCAACGCCGCGUUUCACCGGCGAUGUGCGGCAGGAGACGGCUGAGUCUCUAAUCGGAGCGUUUGUCGGCGAAAAAUCACAUCCGCUCACCUCAGAUUACUGGCAGAAGCUUCUCCUGCACCCUCUCUACCUCCGUUGGGCCCCUCACCGUGUUCAGGAAGCUUGCCACCUCUUCGCAAAGAACAACUGUAAGACAAGGCACCUCGCUAAGUGUCUAGUUCAUCUAAAUUGGUGUUUGCAAGAGUGUGUUUCUGCAUCAGAUGAACAAUCUUUGUCUCUCAUAAAGGCCCUCAAUGCAGCUUACAUCUCAUCUAUUUUUCUGAAAUACCUGAUUGAACAUUCCCACUCUGACAACUUUGAAGAAUUGUACAUAUCUCUAAAUGAAAGCGAAGAGAUACCACAUAAUUUUUCAACAGAUCAGAGGAUUGAGCAUCUUCUUGUGCACAGUAUCUUCAGCUUUCUUGGAAAAGUAGAUGUUAGUACGAACUCAUUUCUUCUGCACUACGAACUGCUUAACUUCAUGCUCAUUGCCAUGUCAACACAACUACUUUCAGGGCCAUCGCUGGCCCCAAAUGAUAUGCAUCCUUUCAUUGAUGCUGCAAUGGUACAGCAAAGUCCAUUGGUGAACAUGGUUGUUCAAAAACUGCUACUUAAUUACAUCACACGACCACGCUUCCAUGCAAGGUACUCGCCUUAUCAGAUAUUUGCUGAAGGAAACCAGCCUGGUGUUUUACAGAGAGUUGGCUCUGUAGCUGCAAACCUUGUGCUAUUCCCAUUAAAUUAUUUUUCCAACUCUAUUGCUGAACCUUCUAAAAGCUCAUUGGCGGAGAGCAGUCUCAAUAUUUUGCUGAUCCUUAUCCAUUAUCGCAAGUGUGUGAGCAUCGAUCGUCCAAAAGAUGAAAAUGGCUACAGUGCUUCAGAUCCUCUUCCUAAGGCAGAAGCAUGCUUUUUUGAAAAUCCUUACUAUACAGCCUUACAAAAUGCUCGGGAGACUGAAUUUGAUCAUGUUGAUGUAGAAGGGGCUGCACAAAAUGGUGCUCUUGUGAGACUGCCUUUUGCUUCUCUUUUUGAUACACUUGGGAUGUGCCUGGCUGAUGAAACUUCUGUUCUCUUACUUUAUUCUCUUGUCCAAGGGAAUUCUGACUUUCUAGAAUAUGUCCUGGUCAGGACAGAUCUUGAUACUCUGUUGAUUCCUUUGCUGGAAACACUUUAUAAUGCUCCGAGAAGGGCACCCAACCAAAUCUACAUGGUCCUAAUCAUCCUUCUUAUACUAAGUCAAGAUUCCUCUUUCAAUGCUAGCAUACACAAACUGAUGCUUCAUAGUGUCCCAUGGUACAAAGAGCGUGCUCUUCAUCAAACAUCUCUAGGUUCUCUCAUGGUUAUAAUUCUUACAAGAAUUAUCCACUAUAAUCUAUCAAAACUGCGGGAUGUUUUUCUCCAUACCAAUUGCCUGGCGACAUUGGCAAAUAUGGCACCACAUGUCCAUCGCCUUAGUGCCUAUGCAUCACAGCGAUUAGUUAGUCUUUUUGAUAUCCUUUCGCGCAAGUAUAACAAAUUAGCUGAGAUGAAAAAUGAUAAGAUGAGUUUUUCCAAUGAUGAACCUUUGGGCGAAAACCUAUCAGAAGACAGUUCAGCUGAGCUGCAUAUGUACACUGACUUCAUGAGGAUUGUUUUGGAAAUAAUGAAUGCGAUUCUAACUUAUGCACUACCUCGUAACCCUGAGGUUGUUUAUGCAAUUUUGCACAGACAGGAGCUUUUCUAUCCUUUUAAAAGUCAUCCACGGUUUAAUGAGCUGCUUGACAACCUUUUUAUGGUCUUGGACUUCUUUAACAGCCGAAUGGAUGCCCAAAAAAUGGAUGGUGAAUGGUCUGUGGAGAAAGUACUUCAAAUCAUUAUUGUGAAUUGCAGAUCUUGGAGAGGUGAAGGGAUGAAGAUGUUUUCGCAAACGCGUUUUACCUAUGAGCAAGAGAGUCACCCAGAGGAGUUCUUCAUACCAUAUGUCUGGCAGUUGGUUUUAUCUCAAAGUGGUUUGGAUUUUUCUCCUAGCAGCAUAAAUCUUUUUCAUGUUGACUUACCUGUGGAAGAUGAUGGUUUUACUAGUUCAGAUACAGACAAGGUACAAAAUGGCGAUUCAAAUGGAAAUACGCAGAUUGGAAUCUGGGUUGACUGAUGAGCUCCCUUAAGUUGGUCAGUUGUAUAUAUGGAUAUAUAUAUAUAUAUAUGUAUACGCAUAUACACAUGUGUGUAUAUACAUACAUCUUAGAUAUGUGUAUUCUUCUCAUUCUUUUGUGUUUAUAGGUCAAGAGUGUGUAGGUGCUUAAAUAUAUUUAAAGUUUUGGAGGUUUUUGUUUUACGCAAGUGUAUAAUGGAGGGUGUUGGUAUAGUUUAGCCUUUGCCUUGUUGAGGCUUUUAAAUUAUAUCCUUGCAGAUAGAGAUGCCAAUAACUACCAUCUUUUUUGCGCCCGCCCAUAUCCACCACAUAGGUGUCCGUAGGCUUGUAGCUUUGUUGCAUGCUUGCAUCCAUGCCAUUUCAUAAACUCUUGUAUUAACCAAUAUCACAAGUUGGGUUCAUCGAAUGGGAAAACUGUGUUUACUGAUCACCUCAAUAUCUUUUAACUAUUAUUUAUUUUGUAUACUGGUAUUUGUUAAAUUAAUGUAGUACAUUGUUGGGC